AUGAGGAAAUUCCUUUAUAUUAAAACUCUGCUGCUUCUUCCACCGCUACCAGUGCUGCUUGUGUGCUCGUUCAGUGCGGACGACUUCAUUGAAGCAGCAGCUGAGGAAGCAGUCAAGACUGAGAACAAGGAUCAUAUUAAUGUGAAGGUGGAAGGUCAGGAUGGUUCUGUUAUGCAGUUUAAGAUUAACAGUCAUACAGCACUUUGUCAACUAAUGAAAGCCUAUUGUGAAUGACAGGGUUUGUCAAUGAGGCAGAUCAGACUCCUAUUUGAUGGGCAGCCAAUCAGUGAAACAGAUACACCUGCACAGUUGGAAAUGGAGGAUGAAAAUACAAUUGAUGUGUUCCAGCCACACACAGGAAGUGUCUACUAA